AUGUCUCCUCCGUCUCCGGUCGCCGAUCUUUUGGACGCGCUUGCUUACCGGCUUUGGAAUGGAGAUCAAGUUAUCGAAGAAGAAUCGUCCUCUUCGUCUCUGGGACUCGCUAUCUCGGAGCUUAACCGAUCUCUGACUCUAGAUAUCGGCGGCGAGGAUUCUGGGGUUAGGGUUUUGGAAUCGGCGAUAUCUCUAAUGUGCUUCAAGGCACCUCAGGUUUUUGAUUCGGCGAUUGAGUAUUUGGUGCGAACAAUUGUUUGCGUCUUAUCAUCUUCAAUCAAAUGUAAAGUGCUUAGGUAUCACAAUGUGGAAACAUUACAGUUUGGGAGCUCGAAUUUACCUCGGUGCUCUGAAGAACUGAUCGAAAUCUCUAAGGAUAUUAUUGAUAAAUUGGGAGCAAAUGGAAGACUGGCUACAUUGUUGUUCCAAGCUGUUGUGAGAUCGGCAGCUUCAACGUCAUGCAGCGUUGUUAUCGCGAAUAGAAAGCUAGGGGAUGGACGAAAUAGGGCUGUCUCCAAACUUCUUGCUUACUUACCGAGAGAAUCAUCUAUCGAGAACUACGAGAUACCACUGAGGAUCCUGUUCUGGUAUCAAGAUCCAUUGUCUUUGAAGGAAGAUGUUUCCAGAAUCUUGAAAGAUGUGUUAGAGAGGCCUUUCCUUUGUUUAAAGAAUGAGCUCUUAGAGAGGGCAGAGUGGCGCGAUAUAGUCAUAUGCUUAGUGCUUUCUCCUUCUAUGUUUAUCAACACCAGAGCCCUCUUACACAAGUGGUUUUUGCUAACGGGACUUGCUUCUGUCUUUGAAUUUCUUGCCGGUUUGGUCUCUGCAAUAGUGGACACGAUUUCAAGACCAUCGCCGUGGGGUGUACCAAUGGAAUUAGCUUCCUUGUUGCCAUUCUCUGAUGCAUACUUUCCUUUCCAGUGUCAAUUGCUGAGAAUCUUGGCUGGUCCUCUCACCUCCAAGUCCCUCGUAAUGUUAGCCCAUACUAUUAGUAAACAAUGUGCUGUUCCUGAGCAACACCGACGGGAUACUAAUUGCAAGCCUACUCCCAUAAAAGUUCAAGCAUUAGAUGACAAAACCGAAUGGGCUUUGGCUAUUAACUUCCCAGAUUGGUUUUGUUUUGCUUCUGCUAUGCUCUUCUUGGAAGGAAAUUCGUUAGAAAAUAUCCACCAUAGAAACACUUCACAAGUGGCUGGCAGUAGACAAGGAUGUGAUGUGGAAGGUCUCUCCAUUGCUGCGGCAACAUACAUUGCUUGGAUUCUGAACCCUGUAAGUGGAACCAUCCAAGAAUCACUAACGAAGUGUCUCGUCAGAGUCUCAGAGAUAUAUACCAGAAGAAGCUGCGGCUCAGAAGCACAUCGUAGUGAGACAAUAACUGGCAAGAGAAAGAAACCAGAUACGCUCGUUUCUGGCAAAAUAAAGGCUUCCAGUAUUGUGGAAGAUCUGGUCAGCGAAUUUCACAACAAAAUCACCAAGUCAGUUUCUUAUGAAUUGGAUUCUCAGAAAACGCAUCCAUCGUUCAGCUCUGGCCUCCAAAACAACCUUUUGGUUAGAAGAGUGGUGAUUGGCGUUCUGAUUGGUUCGCCAUAUUUAGUAACAGAUGAGGAGUAUGAACUGGUACUGCACUACGCUGCAACUGGGAAAAUUCUCGACAUUAAGAAACCACGGAUUACCGGGUCCAAACAAGGAAAGAGAAGCUCUAAUAUAACUCCGUUAUUGUCAAAUGAAAUUACCAAGGAGGAGGCUAUUGAAGGCACACGUCUUGUUUUCAACGUAGGUGACACUUUAGAGAGUAUGUGUGUAUCAAGUUUCGAAGCUGAAGAAGACGCCCAGGAGUUUAUUAACCAGUUUAAGCUAAGAUCCAGAAAGUAUUUGGUUAAUUGCAUCGACCGCCUGAUUCAACUUCACUGCAUAGAAGAUGGAGAUACAAUACUGAAUGACUUAAAUAUCAGACUGUUACAAUGGACGAUACAAGGACGAGAAGAUCCACAUUUCAACAAAGAUUUUGAUAUUAUCUCUGCUAAAUUGGCCUGCAUAUUCUCAUUUGACUAA